CGUGCGCGUGCGCAAAGUGAAGUCGUGGCCUUUGAGGAGACGGGCCCGGACGGUCCGGCCUCUGGCGCUGGUGAAGGUAGGAAGAUCAGGAGUUCAAGGUGUCACCUUUGGCUAUGAGACCUUGCCUCAACCAGAACAAAACUGAGAGGUCUAAAGGUUUCUUCCUGUCUCCUAACACUCCAAGACCUUCAUCAUGGACUUCCAGCAUCGACCUGGCGGCAAGACUGGGAGCGGGGGCGUUGCAUCCUCUUCAGAGAGCAACCGAGACCGCCGUGAGCGCCUGCGACAGCUGGCCCUUGAAACAAUUGACAUCAACAAGGACCCCUAUUUCAUGAAAAAUCAUCUGGGAUCCUAUGAAUGCAAGCUCUGCCUGACACUGCACAACAAUGAGGGGAGUUACCUGGCUCACACCCAAGGGAAGAAACACCAGACCAACUUAGCCCGGCGAGCAGCCAAGGAGGCCAAGGAAGCUCCCGCCCAGCCAGCUCCUGAAAAGGUCAAGGUGGAGGUGAAGAAAUUUGUGAAGAUUGGCCGUCCUGGCUACAAAGUAACCAAGCAGAGGGACACAGAGAUGGGUCAGCAGAGCCUCUUGUUCCAGAUCGACUACCCUGAGAUCGCUGAGGGUAUCAUGCCCCGCCACCGCUUCAUGUCGGCCUAUGAGCAGAGGAUCGAACCCCCAGACCGUCGCUGGCAAUACCUCCUCAUGGCAGCGGAGCCCUAUGAGACCAUUGCCUUCAAGGUGCCCAGCCGAGAGAUUGACAAGGCUGAGGGCAAGUUCUGGACCCACUGGAACCGGGAGACUAAGCAGUUUUUCCUCCAGUUCCACUUUAAGAUGGAGAAACCCCCAGCCCCACCCACCCUCCCUGCAGGACCUCCCGGUGUGAAGCGGCCCCCUCCCCCACUGAUGAAUGGCCUGCCCCCUAGACCACCUCUGCCUGAGGCCUUGCCCCCACCCCCACCUGGUGGCCUGCCUCUACCUCCCAUGCCCCCCACUGGGCCUGCUCCCUCUGGCCCCCCUGGGCCUCCCCAGCUACCCCCACCAGCUCCUGGGGUCCAUCCCCCAGCCCCAGUGGUCCACCCACCUACAUCUGGAGUCCAUCCUCCAGCUCCUGGGGUCCAUCCCCCAGCUCCUGGAGUCCACCCUCCGACACCAGUAGUCCACCCACCAACUUCUGGGGUCCACCCACCUGCUCCAGGGGUACACCCACCAGCCCCUGGGGUACACCCACCUGCUCCUGGGGUACAUCCACCUGCUCCUGGGGUGCACCCACCAGCCCCAGGUGUACACCCUCCCCCAGCAGCUGGGGUUCACCCUCAGGCCCCAGGAGUGCACCCACCUGCUCCUGCAGUCCACCCCCAGGCCCCGGGGGUGCACCCACCAGCCCCAGGGGUGCACCCACCAGCCCCCGGGAUCCACCCACAGGCUCCAGGGGUACAUCCCCAGCCUCCUGGGGUCCAUCCUGCUCCUGGGGUCCACCCCCAGCCUCCUGGAGUCCACCCUCAGCCUCCAGGGGUGCACCCAACUCCCAUGCCUCCCAUGCUGAGACCUCCACUCCCCUCCGAAGGGCCAGGAAACAUUCCACCCCCUCCCCCCACCAAUUGAAGCCACUGCCCUUUCGUCUGGUCUGUCUUUUCCCACUGGGAGUCCUUGGAAGGUUUUGUAUUUUGUCCUGUCCAGAGUCCAUUAAACAGCCUCCCCCAUG